CUCUCAAAUUUUAUCAUCAAGUAUCACGCGUGAUUAUGCAUGUCCAAUGUGCAUUACACCAGAUAUAUUCUGAUGCGCGUAGCGACUGAAAUACCACUUUAAAACUAUACUUCUGCGGGAUAUAACUUUAUGUUUUUAGAAUAAAUAAAAACAGAAAGUAAGUGCAAUGGCAAAAGUGAAGAUCCCGGAUGCUGGUGGUGCCGCACUUACUAUGGUGGACGUUGGGGAUUUUAUCACACCGAUAUUCUUUAAAAGUGCACAAGAAAUAAAAGAUAUUUUCGACAAUGUUCCAAACUUUAAAUUCCGGAAUGAUGACCUGAUGCUAUGUACAUUUUCUAAAACCGGUACAAACUGGGUAUAUGAAAUCCUUAUGAUGAUUUUAAACAGAUCUGCUGAAAGGAUUCAGACUUACAAAGUAUUCACGAUGCUUGAAGGUGUAACGGCAGAAGAGGCCGACCAACAACCAUCACCACGAGUCAUGAAUUGCCACUACCGGCCAAAAUAUCUGCCUCUGGAAGAUAUGAGGGCCAAACAGAUUAAAACAGUAUUAUGUCUACGAAACCCGAAAGACACGGCCGUGUCAUACUACAAUCACAUGAAGGGGUUAAAUAUCUAUGAUUAUGAUGGUAAAUGGGAAGAUUGGUUACCAGUAUAUGGGUUAUUUGUAAUCAUUACAUGUAUGUUUCAUUACAUAUAUGUUUUAUUGGAUUAUGGGAAAUACAGCGACUAUUUGUUACACUGGCAAAAACGAAUACAAGAAGGUCCAGGAUUUCCACUACACAUAAUGUAUUACGAGGACCUGAAAAUGGGACAACAAAGCAUCCAGUUCUGCUGCAAUAUUAUUUCAUUUCAGCAGAUGGCCACUGACCUUUACCUUGGUGAUCCAACCAUUGCCUUGCUUGUUGAGGCCAUGUUUUACAGUGCAUAG